AUGUUAAAUUCUUUCCACAAGAGAGAAAGAGAAUAUUCUGAUGAAGAGGAUACAACAGUAGAAGGAAACAAGGAUGACCAAGCUGAUGAACCUACCAGUGGCCCAACUCACUUUUUUAUGCCAGAAACCUAUGAACAAGCUAUUCCGAAAAAGAAAAAGCUAAUGGACUAUGUUAAUAUUGAUAUUGAAAACAAAGUACAAUUGCCUGAAGCAGAGAGUAGGAAUGCAAUUGAACACUACCUCACAACAAAUGUUGGAGCAUCUUACUGUAAAAAGAUUGGUGAGGGAGGAGGUGGAGAUGUUUAUCUUGUAAAGAAGGGAAACACCAUGAAAGCAGUGAAACACAUUCGCAGUUUUAGUAAUGAAUAUAGUAGAUUUGAUGAGGUAUUUCAAAUUGCAAAGUUAAAGCACGACCACAUUAUUGAAAUUGAUGAUUAUUAUUUGAUUAAUAAUGAAUUUUGCUUCGAGAUGGACUAUUAUGAAAAGGGCUCAUUGGAAACAUAUAAGAAUAAGUUGACAGUGGGUCAACUAUUUCAAAUAGCAUGUCAAAUUUCAAGUGCUAUUAAAUAUAUUUCAGAACAGGAACUAUGUCAUCGAGACGUCAAAAUUGCUAACAUACUCGUGAAGGAAAUUACUGAUUCUAAUAUUUAUGUAGUAUUGACAGACUUUGGAGUAUCUUUUAAGAAAAACUCAUACAAGCCCUACCAAUUCAAAACUGGAACUGAGCAAUAUUACGAUCCAGAAAUUGAAAAAUACUUUAACACCGAAAAAAGAGGUUUACUAGAGUUUCCUUUCAAAACUGAAACUGAUUUGUACGCCCUAGGUGUAACACUUGAACGAUUAUCCAACAAAACCACUAUCAAUAGUACUCCUCUUUUGAAAGAAAUUAUUACUAGUCUUACAAAUUCAACUCUCCCAACAAGAAUGAAAAUGAUGAAUGUAUUGGCUGAUAUUUCACUUGCAACUACCAUAGCAUUUAAAGAUCCAAAAAACAGAACGCAGUGGGAUAAGUACUUGCAUGCUUGUGUUAUGAACCCAAAUUGUUUCAUAUUUUGCCCUUACAACAAAAAUAAGCGAUUUAUUUACAAAGUAUUGGAUAUCAAUCACCAUAUUUUCGAAAUGGUUCCUGACGAUUUGUUGGAUGAAAAUAUAGUUAUAAAGUCAAUAAGAGAUGUCAGAUCAGUAUUAAUAUUUCAAAACAGAAAUAAGGCUUGCAUAGAUAAGUUCAAGUCUUUAAUUUCACACCUCAUAGACGUUCAUGUACUUAGAAAUGUACAAUAUAAUACAGGAGAGAGAAUCCAGACAGAGAUGGAAAAGUUAAGUGAGAGUCAGUUGGAAAUAUUGGUAUAUUAUAACUCUCGUUUUUUUAAAUAUUUUCCGAUCAAGUACACAUUGAAUCGAAAUAUUGUAUUUUCAUUCAUCAAAAAAGUGGAAGAAUGUUUCCAGCAUUGUAGUUACCGAGACGAUGAAGAAAUAAUUCAAUAUGUACUAGAGAAAAAUCCAAAGUUUAUCACUUUCAUCAGUUUUGAGUUAAGAUUUAAAUAUGAACAACAAUAUGCAAAGGAAAUUUUGGAAGUGGAUCCGUCUUUUUAUUCAUCCUUAAGUGAAAUUAGUUUAAAAGAUAGAUUAUUUGCCAAACUUGCAAUGAAAGGCUGCAAGUCACAACGUGAUUUUGAUUCAAAUUUUGAUUGUCUACCUGAAGAUCUUAAAACUCAAGAUUUUUUUAUAGAGAUAAUUACAGAAAAUUCCAAGACUUUCCAUAAUUUGAAGAACCAUUUGGAUCAUGACUCAUUGGUACAGGGUUUCUCUCACUUGAUUCAUGCCAUUGAAGUUAAAGAACAAGGAAAUGAAUUGAUGCAAAAAUGUUCAGAUGACAUUGAAUUGGUAAAUCAAAUAAUUGAAAUAUCUCCUGAUCUAUAUGAAAAUCUAUCAUGCAAUAAUUUAAAAAAUAAUGAAAUAAUAAUUGAAACUUAUCUGAAUCAUACCUACUAUCCUCGAUUAUCCAAAGAUUUAAAACUUGAUGAUGAAUUCCAAGCAAAGCAUUUAAAAAAAUUAAUUGAUUCAGGAUACAUUACAAAACCAAAUAGAGAAUUAGUAAGGAGUGGAAUAUUUAAAUCAAAGGAUAUAGGUUUAUUGCUUUAUUUGGAAUCCAAGGAUUUAGACGACAAAGAAUUUAUGCUUCCAAUAUUAGAGAAAUUUCCUCGUGCUUAUUUGAGCUGUAGAUCCUUAUUAAUAGACAAGGAAAUAAUCAAGAUGGUCAUUCGUAAAAAUGAUGAAAUUUAUGAAGAUCUCGAUACUACUUUUCAAAAAGAUGAGGAAAUAUUAUCUGUCCUUAAUGAACCAAAAAGUUCCAUCGAUUCAAUAAUGGCAGAAGUUAAUGAUAAUACUUCUGAGAAAUAA